AUGGUCAUCGGAAUAUGUUGGAGAGCUACAGCAGCGUACCAAGUGGCGAGUGAAGUCCCGAGAUCUCAAGCAAGACGAUCUAGUCUUCAUAAAGGAAGCCAAUACACCAACCCUAUGCUGGCGCCUAGGAAGAGCAAGCACUCAAUCGCCUGGUUCUCCUAUCACCUGACGAAAGCCAUGAUGCUCGAAAGCUACACUAGAGCUUUCAAGUGCCGAGAAGAUGUCGGCGCCACAUCGGCACCGAGAAUCGGAACGCAGCCGCAGCCCUCACGCUAUUGGCUACACGCCGCCCUCACGCUAUUGGCUACCACGCACGGCAUGACGCGA